GGCGUCCAGCAGCAUGACUGACAACAGAAACCUCCCGAGGACCUCUGUACGCGGCGAGUCCACCCACCGCCUCUGAAGGAGUUUUUUCCUGAAAUAACCUGAGAGAAAAAUACCUUUUCUUCUUUUUGGUUAAACUCUUCCCUUUCUUCUUAUUCUGUGGAGAAAGAGGAGGAGGAGGAUUUUUUUCCUUCUUUUUUUUGUUUUGUUGGGUGAACGUCGAACAAGUUCGUUUAUAUAAAAAAGAAGAAGAAGAGGGGGGGGGGGGAGAGCAAAACCCACGCGCACAACUCCAGAGGAGCAGCUGACACGUUGUGUUUCUGGUGGAGCUCCGGGACGUUGCGGGUCGGACACAACCGACCGAGAAGAGCCAUCCUCCCGGUGUGUGGCGGUUUUGGUCCAUGUCUGCAAUAUCAGAGCCAUAAAAGUGUCCCGGAGGAAAGAACCCUCGGAGCGGAGCAGCUUGGAUCUGCUGCCUGCUGCCUGAAUGCGGACGACCCACUGAGCGCUGUUCUCCAGACCGUCGCUUCGGGGGACAUCGUCAGAUGUGUACCCAGCACUCGAAGCCCCUGGCCUGGCCGCGGGGAUGGCAGCCUCUGCCCUGAACCUGAACGGCCUCGGAGUCAUGAGCAGCAGUAACCAGUUUCACACCCAGCCCGGCUCCUCUGGUACCAGCUCUCGAUCUAGAACCGGUCCAGUGGGCCGACCUGUGCUGCCGGUUCCCGAUCGGAGCACCUACCUGCUGGGUGGGGGAGCGCCGGGUGGAGGUCUCUACAGCCCAACCAGCCCCAAGAGUCCUCGAACCCUGGGUCGAGCCUUCGUCUUCCCCCCGUCGUCUUCCUCGCUCUCCCCCAGCCCCACCCCCCACUCGCGCUCCCCGUCCCCGCGGAGCCCCGAGCUCCUGGGAGUCAACGUGGGCCAGCGGGUCCGACGGCUGAGCUCGCCCGGCGGUGAGGAGAGAGGGGAAGGAGAGGGCCAGGAGGAGAGGGCGGGGGAGACGGCCGAAGGAGAGAGGAGGGAGGAAAGGAGACGCCAGGCGCAGCUGCUGCAGAUACACCGAGAGCUGCAGAACGUCGAGGUCAGGGGAAAAGUGGGAAUUUUUGAGGCCCAUAUUUCCGGAAUUCGUGCCCAAGUGCUGAACACUGAGCUCCAGCGCAGCCCUCGGUCUCCACGGCGAUCGCCCAGCCAAACCCCUUCUCAUCCCGGCCAACGAGACGCGGCCCUCGAAUGCCCGAUGACCCACCCGCGAGAGAGUGGAGCUCUCCGUGUCGUCCAAAAUGGAAGAGAAGGGGAGGAAGAAACUACGGAGGGAGGAAGGAAAGAAGAUGAAAGGGACAACAACAGUGCUACAAAAACAAACACGGAGAACAAGACACCGAUCGGUCGAAAUGGCUGCCGUUCGGAAGCAACGGCGCAAACUCCCGGUGUGGACGGAGCGUCCGUCGUUCGGGGUUCCCUUGAGACGUUAAACCCGGAUGCAACGACAGAGGGAGAGAAGAAAGGGGGCGGAAAAGACGACGCAGGGGAGGUAGAGAACGGACCAAUGUUGGGAGACGAGAGAGAACGGACAGAGAGAGAAGCGAGAGACGAGCGAGAGGACCGGUCGGGUCUUGAGAUGCCGCUGCAGGCCGAGGCCGGCGGGUCGGAGGUCAACGCUUCUCCUCUGACCCAAAGCAUGGAGACCCUCCCUUCUCCGCCAGACACCGAUCCCACCACAAACUGCUCUUCUUGCAUGCCUCCCUCCAUCCCCGCGGUCAUCGUAACCGACCACGGUCUGGAAACUCAGCAUCGGAAUUCUGAAGGCCCCGGCUCCGACCAGGGACUCGGCUGCAGCCCGAGCCCGGGUUCGAGCCCCGUCCCCGGGCCGAACUUCUCCAGCCACUCCCUCAGGAAGCUGUCGUCCUCCUCGGCCUCCUCGGCCGGCUUCUCCUCGUCCUGGGAGGAGUCGGAGGAGGACAUUUCGAGCGAUACGGAGAAAGGGGAGCAGCUCCUCGACCCGGCAUUGCUCACGUCUCAGCAGAGAGCAAACAAGUCUUGGAAGAAGAUCAAGAACAUGGUCCACUGGUCCCCGUUCGUCAUGUCCUUCAAGAAGAAAUAUCCCUGGGUACAACUGGCUGGGCAUGCAGGGAGCUUCAAGGCGGGGGCCAACGGACGCAUCUUAAAAAAACACUGUGACUCUGAGCAGCGCUGCUUGUCCCUCCUCAUGAGGGACGUGCUGCGUCCGUACGUCCCCGGUUACCAUGGCGACGUGGAGAAGGACGGACAGAAAUACAACCAGAUGGAGGAUCUGCUGGCCGAGUUUGACUUCCCGUGCGUGAUGGACUGCAAGAUGGGCGUGAGGACCUACCUUGAGGAAGAGCUGACCAAGGCUCGUAAGAAACCGUCCCCGAGACCCGACAUGUACCAGAAGAUGAUCGAGGUGGAUCCUGACGCGCCCACGCCGGAGGAGGUCCUCCAGAAGGUGGUGACCAAGCCCAGAUACAUGCAGUGGAGGGAGACCAUCAGCUCCACAGCCACCCUGGGAUUUAGGAUAGAGGGAGUCAAGAAGGAGGACGGGACAGUGAACAGAGAUUUUAAGAAGACAAGGACAAGAGACCAAGUUACCGCAGCCUUCCAUGACUUUGUCAAAGGAAACAAGGAAAUACUGAGCAUGUAUCUAACCAGGCUGAAGGAGAUCAGAGACACUCUGGAGAUCUCCCCAUUCUUCAAAACCCACGAGGUGAUCGGCAGCUCCCUGUUGUUCGUUCACGACAGUAAGGGGAGGGCCAAGAUCUGGAUGAUUGACUUUGGGAAAACCACGCCCCUCUCCGACGGGGACGAGCUGACGCACCGAGCGCUGUGGGUCGAGGGCAACAGGGAAGACGGUUACCUCUUUGGACUCGAUAGCUUGUCGGACAUCGUUCUCACCAUGUUGAACUCGGAGACUUGAGGUCUGAGGGGCUCAAAAAGAAGAAAAAAAUCCAAGUGAACGUUUGGACACGCGCGUCCUCCACUUCCAUUCGUUCUUCCUGUCUCCCGGGAACACUUCCUCAAUAAUUCCUUGACGCUUGUCCUCGCGACAUAACCACGUAACAACGCACGGCCAAAUCCAACUUUGCUUUUAAUAUAUUUCGCGGAUUUUUAGGUUCUUUCUCAUUCCCGAUUUUAUUCCUACCUUUUUACUGAAAGGAAAAAACUGCAGAUUCAUCCAAACUGAAGUAGAAAUAAUAUUUAAUAUUUUUUGUUAUAAAACAGAUUCUAUAAAAAAGACAAAACAGUGAUGUGCUUGUUUGUCUAAAUAUUUAUCCGUUGUGUCUGUGGCUCUCAGGCCCCCCGAGCCCAUUGGUAAAUUAUUUAAAGAUGGAUUAUGAAUACACAAAAUCAUUUUCUAAAACAGCUGGGCACUGUUGUUUUUGGCAAAUAAUAGGAGGAAAUACUGUGUUUUGUUUCGGAGCAUUUUCAGAAUACAUGUCUGGAGUGCUCGUGAACUUUUGGGAUCGACUUAAAAAAAGAGGGGGAUUUGUUGAUAUAAAAAAUAAAGAUAUAAAGAAGAUAUCUACAGAAUUAUCACUUAAAGCCACUGUGUGGAAUUUUAACAUUUGAUGAUAAAUAAAAAGACACUUUCAGGGCGGCAGGUGGAAAACCAUGGAGCGUUUUUUUUUUAUCACAGAAUAAGAGCUAACAUUAACACACACCAUGAACUGUAUGCUACCUAAUAGUUAGGUUAAAAAAAUAUGCAACAUCUUACCCUAAAUCAAAAUAUUACCGGGUAUCCAGCACAAGUCACCACGAUGAGACAAAACUUAAAGUCCGAAAGCUUAGAUUGAAAAUCCUCUGAGGCGAAUUUGUAAUUUGUGAUAUUUGGCUGUAUAAACUGAAUAGAAUUGAAAACACUUCGGCAGAAAGCUGCUAAAUCGUUCCGCCUGUCUGUUCGGGUCCUGAAGACGACGUCAUCACGUCAGCAUUGUACAUGUCGUGGCUUUAAAACAUGUUGAAGCGUCCAUAUUUGACUUUGCAGCUCUCGUUGAACAGUUGUACUCAUUUGUAGCGUCGGUUUAUCUCCGUUAAAACACAGUUAGAUUGCAUAUCUUCUCAUCUGAAUUUUAUUUGGAUUUUUUUCUCUUUUUGACCACAAUUUCCGCACCUUGACCCUUUUCUUUUCAUAAUAAUCUGCACGUGAUACUAUUUCCACUGCUAGAGGUUGAGUGUGUUUACAGUGGAAAACAAAACUAGUCUUUUAGCGGUUUUUAACCUCAGUUUAAUAAGUCGUACUAAGAAUUCAGACACUGUAAGUUGGACAGCGAGGUUUUUUGGUGGCGGUCAUGUUUCCUCCUCAAUAACCUGGCAGUUAUGUAGAGCUAAAUUAUUCAGGUCAGUGUAGUUUCACUAUGUUAUGGAGGGUAUUGUUUCAUAUGUAACAUAUUUGCAGCCAACAUGGCGUCCAUGGUACCUGCCUGGACAAAACACUUCCCACCCUUUCUCACACUUGGGAUUGUUCACAAUGUACAGUGAGAUGUUUGAUGUAGAUUUUUUUUGGUAACAUUAUUUUUAGUGUACUGAAAUCCUGUGGAACACUUACAGCCAUGAACAAUCGUAUUUAAGCUUUACAGUGCCUUGACGUUACGAAGCCAAGUCAGACAACAGAAAACGUGUUCCUAUUUUAAAUGUUAAGGCGGACUUCUAGUCCUAACUGUUUCAGCGCGUAGUCUCGGGUGCAUGUUUAUUAUCCUCUUAAAGUUUGGGCUUAAUUUGUAUUUCAUCCUGUUUUUAUUUAUAACAUUAUGUUUUGUUUUGUGAAUGGAAUACUGUGACAUAUUGAAUUUUGGGCUAUUCUGUUGCUUCGUCUUCAAGCAUGUGGGACAGUAUCUGAGUGAAAGUCAAACAAAACAUUGGAUGUGUCGAUAGAAAAGAUGGAAAAUUAUUACCAUUUAUUGAAAUGGAGGAAUGCAAGCAGUCAUUUAGAUAAAGUGGUGGGGCGGAUAAAGCAGAAAAACACAUGUAAUGUAACCGGUUCUUGAUGAACAAUAAAAAACUAAAUAGUG